AUGCGCUGUGGGGCACCCCACGACCAGGAGCUGGUGGGUCCGGGGGCUCCUGGGCGGAGGUCCCGGGGCACCCCUCCUCCCUCGGGACCUGUUGUCCCAGUCCUCGUCUUUCCCCCGGAGCUAGUAUUCAGGGCAGACCAACGGAGUGGACCUCGGCAUCUGCUGACCCUCUGUAACCCCACGGGAGCAGCGCUUCGCUUCCGAGUCCUGUGCACAGCACCUGCCAAAUACACAGUGUUUGAUGCGGAAGGAAGCGUGAAGCCUCAGUCCUGCACUGACAUUGUGGUUCGCCACGUGGCCCCCAAUCCCAGCCACUGUGACAUCCAGGAUCGCUUUCGCAUUGAACUGUCUGAGGAGGGAACAGAUGGCCGAGUGGUGGGGCGCAAGGACAUCACCUCGAUUCUGAGGGCCCUAGCGUACCCCCUUGAGCUUCAGGGACAGCCUGACCCAACACUCCACCCAGAUCUUCCUUCCCGGACAGCACCACCCAUGACCCAGCAUUUCCUGGAGAACCCCCACCCGCAACUGGCCACCAGCUCCUUCCUCCUCUUCUUACUGAUGGCCACAUUCUCUGCGGCCUUCCUGCUGCUCCUGCUCCAGGAUGAAAUUGGCAGCCAGCUGCCCCAAAUCCUUCUCGUCUCCCUGGGACAAAAAUUGGUGGCAGCCUACAUCUUGGGCCUCCUGCCCAUGGUGUUCCUCCGGACCUGAGCUCUCUGCUCAACCUCCACGCCCCGUCUCCACACAGGGACGUGAGACAGCCACUGUGAUGCUCAUAGCCUUGCCUCAACUUUUCCUUCUGCCCACCCAUCCCCUACCA